AUGGGCGCGUGGCCAUUCCACGAUGCAGACCACAGUAUUCAUGCCGUGGUGAACGGAGAGCUGUAUGGCUACGAAGAGAUUCGCGAUCAGCUUGCUCGCGGGGGCUACAAGUUCACGAGCCGCUCCGACUCGGAGAUUGCGCUGGCGCUGUAUAAGAAGUAUGGGCUGGCGUUUUUGUCGCGGCUGCGCGGCGAGUUCUCGCUGUGUUUGUAUGAUUCUCGCGCUCAGAUUGUGGUUGCGGCGUGUGAUCGGUAUGCGAUUAAGCCCAUGUAUUACACGGUUGUAGAUGGGAAAUUGCUGGCCUUUCUGGCGUUUGGGUGGAAGCCAGAGUGGGAUGUGCAGAGUAUCAAGGACGUGGGCUGGCUGUGCGAUGGACGCACGACUUUCCGCGGUGUUUCAAAGAUCCUGCCUGGACAUUACAUUGUGUGCAGGUCUUUCGAGACUAUAGCUCAGUACAAGUACUGGGAUUUACAGUUCAAGGACAAGCGAGAAGUCGAAACACGGAGUGAGGAGGAAAUGAUUCAAGGCGUUCGCAAACAUCUCCUGGAUGCUGUUCGAGACCGUCUUCGCGCCGACGUGCCUAUUGGCGUCUUCCUCAGUGGCGGCAUAGACUCCAGCGCGAUAGCAGGAAUGAUCAAGCAUCUGAUGGAUACCGAAGGCGCACAGCUAGGCACUGCACCCGCAUCGGAGCGAAUGAAUUGCUUCAGCGUCAAGUUUCUGGGUGAAGAACACGAUGAAGAGCCCAUCGCGCGUCGAACAGCCGAGUGGCUCGGAGUAAAAAUGCAUCACUGCGAGAUGACUGAGGAGAACUUCGCCGCCAACAUCGAAGGCGCAGUCUGGCACAACGAGGUCGCUGUGACAGACCUGGGUACGGUUGGAAAGUACCUGCUAUCCAAAACGACCAGGGACGAGGGUAUUAAAGUCGUCUUGACAGGCGAGGGUUCCGAUGAACACUUCGCCGGCUACCGCGAGCUACUGACGGACUUUGUUCGCGAGCCUGAUGCCUCAUGGCCCAGCACUACGCUUGGAGAAGACGUCCGCAUCGCGACUUUCAACGACCUCGAAGGCUCAGAGACGUCGGGGCCAAAAGAACUCACAACCUCCGCUGCAGUCCGCGCCCAAGUAAACAACACCUCGUUCCUUGGCUUCACGCAGACGGCUUCCAUCCGCGACGCUCUCUUCGCAUCCUGGGUACCCAGUGAGUUUGGCACAAGCGACAAGCGCCUCACAGCCGUCAACGCCCUCGAUGGCUGCACCCGCGACCUCAUAGCGGACAAAUGGCAUCCGCUGCACACGUCGCUUUACAUCUGGACGAAAACAUCCCUCGCAAAUGGCCUUCUCACCGUCCUAGGCGAUCGCUGCGAAAUGGCGCACAGCGUCGAGGGCCGCCAGCCGUUUCUUGAUCACCGCCUCACGGAAUACGUCAUGGCGCUGCCGCCGUCCAUGAAACUGCAUUACGAUCCUGCUACCUGCUCUUUCACCGAGAAGUGGAUCCUCAAGGAGGCUAUGAAGCCGUUUAUCACGCCCGAGCUGUAUGCCCGCAAGAAACAUCCGUUCUCCGCGCCAGUCCGGUACAAACCAGGUGGUCUUGUGCAUGAGUUCUUCGAGAAGCUGAUGACACGGGAGAACGUGGAACAGUUGGGCUUCUUGGAAUGGGAGAAGUGCAAGAACUUGCUGCACGAUGCCAUUUAUGACGCAGAUAGACCGAAAUGGAGUCAGAUGAUCCUCGUGGGGCAGUUUGUCAUUUUGAGUAAACGGUUUGGUGUUAAGAAGGCGAUGCCCGAGUACGCCCGUUCAAGCGACGUUUAA